GAUUUAUUAACAUGUUUGAAGGACGUUCUUGUUCCUCUUUAUAUAAAAGCUUCUGGAAAGUCUACAUGUUGUUCAAAAAAGUUCUGUGACAUCGAGAGAGUUUAGUGCCAAAAAAUUACUUCAAAAUGAAAUUCUUAACUGUUUCUGGACUGUUCCUUCUUGUUUCCUGUGCAUAUGCGAAACCUGGAUAUCUUGCUGGAUCAGCUGCGUUGGUUGGACCUCCGGCACCUGGAGCAUUGCUGAAAGGACCCUCUGCAGCUGCCGAGCUUGUUGGGCCUGAUGGAAGUGCUAUUUCUACAUCUUUUGCUGGUGGAGCAGUAUCAGCAGCUCCUAAAGCAGGAGGUGUCGUUACAGCUUCAGUUUCUCCAGGAUACGUAGCAGCUGCUCCAGCAUUGUCUGCUCCCCUUUUGGCACCGGCACUUCCGUUGCUAGCUGCUCCAGUUUUGCCAACACCAGCAAAAGCCAUCAUCGCUGGACCAUCUGGUACUGUAGUCAGUCCUGGGUUAGGUUAUCCUAUUAUAACUGGACCAGGAUACAAAUAUUACUAACCAAUCUUUCAAGAACCUCUGGUAUCCUCCUACGACCGAAGAUUUGAUAAUCCUACUAGUCUACUUCAACUUUUAUACACGAUAAUGUGUGUUGUUUUAAAUACGCUAGUAAUUUUAAGAAUAAAGUUACCAUCAAUAUUUUAUAACAUAUGAAAACAUAAAUAGAAUUAAUAAAUAUAUUUCCAGCAAAUA